GGCUUACAUUUGAUUACCUGCUCGACUCCGAAUGGGAAGAAGGUGCAGAUUCUGCUCGAAGAACUCAGAGAGGUGUAUGGAUUGGAGUGGACCACAUCCUUGAUCGAUCUCGACACCGAUGAGCAGAAGCAGCCAUGGUUUCUCAAGCUCAAUCCCAAUGGGAAGAUCCCCAUAAUCAUCGACCAUUCCAGCGGCGAGCCGUUUUCAGUCAUGGAGUCGUCUGCGGAACUCCUUUACCUGGUGGAAAAGUUUGACCCCGAUCACCAUUUCCACUUUUCGACGGCCGCCGACCAAUCCCAGCUCUUCCAGUGGUUAAUCUUCUGGAAUGCGUCAGGCCAGCCACAGCAAGCGGGAUUGAAUCACUUCGGACGAUUCGCUCCAGUGCAGGUUCCUUAUGCUGUUCAACGAUUCAAGACCGAAACCCUUCGAAUUUACAACGUGCUGGAACUGCACCUGUCCGGCAGCCUGGCCGGGGGCGAAACCCGGGAGUACUUGGUGGGGGCAGGUCGAGGCACGUAUAGUAUUGCCGAUAUCAAUGCGUACCCCUGGGUGCGGGGGUGGAAGAAAAGCACAAUUACCGAGGAUGAGAUGGACAAAUUCCCGCAAUUGAAGAAAUGGAUCGAGCGGAUUGAGGCCAGACCGGCGGUGCUGAGGGGCAUCGGGCAGCAAUAUGACGAGGAGGCGCAUCCUGAGCUACUGCUCAGCACGAACUAG